AUGUCUUCAAUCGCCUUCGCAAAAUUCUGGCGGACCGAUCUCACCCGCGAAUCCUUCUUGUCCUGCCUCCCCAAGGAUGAUCAGCAAUCGCUUCGGCUGGUGUGCAAAGGCUUUGCUCACGACGUCGCUCCGAUCCUGUUCAAACACCUGCAAGUCCAGUUUACUACCAACACCUUUUCGCGCAGGGCGCGGAUGGCUGCCUUGGACAGGAUCGGCCAUCAUGUGCGGACUCUCUCAUUCGCCAUGCCGCACCACUCAGACACCUUUCUGCCGCCUCUUCUAGCUCCGGGCACACUCGAAGAAAUCACCUUCCAAUACGAACCACAUCUAGUCAGCUCUAGGCCAACAUCAUCGUCCAGCUCCUCGUCCUGUUCGUCGUCCAAAUAUGGCUCUUGGGAGAUGAAUGACCUGCUGGUUAAGCAAUAUCCCCCUUUGUUCCACGCCGCAACCAAUGUCGAUUCCUUCUUGCGGGCUCUCUCGGCCAUGCCAGACUUACGUCAUCUACAUGUGUCGUGCCUAGGCCAAUCUGCGGGUCAAAGGUACCGCAAGGAUAUUGUUGACUAUGCAUUGGUUUCGCUGAGACUGGCCGUGGAGUGUGCGAACCCGCCGCAGCUGGAGACGCUCACCCUAGCGCCUAUUCACCCGGCCGCGUUACUCUACCUUCGAUCUCACCUGAGUAUUGGGUCUUCUCCUGCCUCGUCCCGGGUUUGGCGCCGCAUCAAGACGCUAGCCAUUGAAAUGGACAGCUUCGAAUAUGGUCGCGACCAGCCGUCGGAUCAUCUCAAGAUCUUGCACAGCUACUUGCAGACAGUGCCAUCGUUGGAACAUUUCAAGUUCCAAUGGCUGGGCAACAAAGGACCUUGUCCACUUGCCCUCCACGUGGAGCCUUGCACUUCACGCCCCACGUCUCUGGACUGCUCAAAUGCAUGUCCCAACGCGAGUACAAAAUCCUCUUUCAGGCCUAUCAAAUUUCGUCACCUGAAAUCAAUGCAGCUUCGAAAUGCGAGCUUAGAUGCCAGUCAGGCCUCGGGCUUUAUCAUGUUGCAUCGCAAGGUUUUGCACGAGUUUCAAUUCGAUCAAUGCCACCUCCGAUCAGGUACUUGGGAUGAUGCUUUAGCUCCUUUAACCCGCAUCGUUGGCCAUGACGGCUGGAAGCAGAAACAAGAAGAGGUCAUGGAUAUCCCAAUCAUGCUCAGCUCCGUUGAUGAGAAGAGUGAGAUGGAAUGUGUCGAGGGGCGACUCUGGGAUGACAUCUUCCGAAAGCAUAAAGGUUUCCGAACUCUCCGUAAAGUCAGUAUGAGAACAAAAGAGAUGGUGCCUGAGCAGGUGAAGCGUCUCUUGAGAACUGCGAGAGUCACGUGGCAUUGA